AAUAUUUCAAUAUUUCGAUCAUUAUCUGUUAUUCUACUGUAUCAUUUUCUGGACAACACACUUGAUCAGGGCCAUCACCAUCCUUUUCAAUCCUACGCUCAAACCGAGACUGUUGUUGUAACAUGCUCCUCUACCACCACUUCCUUCAAUAACAAUGCAUCGAGUCCGAGCAUGGGCACACUCGUCCGCUCAUCAGAACAAAUUCAAUCCAUGGUCGCAAAGUGAUCAGAAUUCGAAAGCCGCUGGCAAAGCACCCGCCAAUGGCCAGGAUACCGCAGAUCAGAACCCGCGUGGAUCUCGUUCGACGCGACUCUGGAAGAACGUCAAGGCGCCACUCUUUCACAGUUGGGUCAAUGUUCUCUUGGUAUUUGUGCCCGUCGGUAUCGCCGUCCAUUUCGCAAAUAUCAAUCCGAACAUUGUCUUUGCACUCAAUGCUGUGGCCAUUAUUCCCUUGGCAGGCCUGUUGACCUUCGCCACCGAGUGUGUUGCCCACCGAUUAGGACCGACGUUGGGCGCACUAUUGAAUGUCAGUUUUGGAAAUGCGGUGGAACUUAUCAUUUUCAUCAUCGCUCUUGUCAAGAAUGAGAUUCGCAUUGUACAAGCCUCUCUGAUAGGCUCACUCCUGGCCAACUUGCUCCUCAUUUUGGGCAUGGCGUUUCUUAUCGGUGGCCUGGAAUUCCAAGAGCAGAUCUACGACAGUACUGUUACGCAGAUGAGCGCCUGUCUCUUGGCCCUGGCGGUACUAAGCCUUUUGAUCCCGACUGCUUUCCACGCUUCUUUCAGUGACUUGGACAGAGCAGACCGUGCAGUGAUUAAGUUGAGUCGAGGCACAUCCGUCAUUCUCCUGGUCAUCUACUUCCUUUACCUGCUGUUUCAACUCAAGUCGCACGCCUAUCUGUAUCAGGGAACCCCGCAACAUGUCAUUGACGAGGAAUCGGCCCCAGGUUUCCUCGCACGUUUCGAUUCAACCAGUUCGUCUGCGAGUUCGUCACGGGUGUCAACCGCCAACUCUAGUACGGGUUCCAAUCGUCGUGUGCGCAAGAGGCUGAGGGCAAAGCUGGGCAUGAAACGGCAUGAGAAGACAGAAAUCGAGCCAGAAAGGGACAUUGAACCCACUGAGCAUGAAGGAGCCCCAUCGACAGAAGUCGUGAGCGAAAAGACAGAAGAACCGGCAGAGAUUGAACAGCCUCCUCAACAUUCGGGACCUAUAGCGACUCCUGUCACAGUCACCGCCUCAUCUCAGGCGGGAGCCAGGGCAAAAAUGCCAUUAGGAGCACGAGGUCUGUCGUUCCGUACGCCACCAGUUUUUCGGUCAUCAACCAACCCACCUGGAGGACCUCUGACAGAUCAUUCGCAAAAUAACCUCCGCCGCUACAGGUCAGAUCCCAACAAUCGUCAGUACGCACAGCGACAAAAUGUUUCCCCCGCGUCUCGAAGAAUUGACAGGCGCCAAACCCCCAAAAGCACCAUUUCAAAGGAAGAGGAAAGUGAACCCCCCAUGGGUCAAACAGCGUCCAUCAUUUGGCUUCUCAUCUCCACCGGUCUCGUUGCUUUGUGUGCAGAAUUUCUGGUGGGCAGUAUCGAGCACUUGGUCCAAAAUUCACCACUGUCGGAAGCUUUUGUUGGAUUGAUCAUUCUGCCCAUCGUAGGCAAUGCAGCAGAGCAUGUUACAGCAGUGACUGUCGCGGCGAAGAACAAGCUCGAUCUUGCUCUCGGGGUGUCUCUGGGCUCGUCCAUUCAAAUCGCGCUUUUUGUCACCCCGGUUGUCGUCAUUCUUGGUUGGAUCAUGGACAAAAGCAUGUCUCUGUAUUUCAGCCUAUUCGAAACUGGCUCGCUCUUCGUCUCAACCUUCAUCGUCAAUUUUCUCGUGCUCGACGGUCGGAGCAACUACCUGGAAGGAGCGCUGUUGUGUGCUUGUUACAUCAUUGUCGCUGUCGGAGCAUACUUCUUCCCUGAUGACCAAGAUCAGAGCUCUCUCACAAGCGGACCCGGCAACGGCUAAAAGUUGGGAAGCGGACUAUCUAUCUCCCCCAAAUUCUGUAGAAUCUUGUUAUAAGAACACAUUAAUUCGACUUAUCGUAC